AUGGAAACUGAUCGCUCUGAACAGCAGGAUGACACUUCUCGAUUCUGGCGGGAAGAAAGGGAAGAAGGAGCAGUGUAUCAUGCCUAUUUGAAGAAGGUCACAUAUUUGUCUCAGGCUAGGCUGGAAGACGAGAAUGAGAAAAAUCGGGAGUUCUCUCACCUCAUGUGGGAGACGCACAAGGUGAGAGUCAUCCGUGCGGGAACACUGGCCAAGCUGGUGGAAAGUCUGACCAAUAGCAGAGGAGAGAUGGACUCAAGUUAUGUCAACAUCUUCCUGGCUACAUACAGGACUUUUGCAACCCCUCGCCAAGUGCUGGAUACCUUGAUAGAGAGGUACAAGCUCUUGUGUUCUCAGAUAAAAGAAGAUAAAUCAGAGCUUUAUGAAACACAACACAGAUCAUUGAAGUCAGUGGUGUUUGUAUGGCUUGACACAUACCCUGAAGAUUUCCACGACAGCCCAGACUAUAUUUGCCUGCACGUAUUGGACAAGUUUGCUAGAGAGUAUGCUCCUGGGACUGACAUUGGCAGGAAGGUCAAGGAGAAACUUGCAGCAUUUCGGCAAGAAGACGUUGAGCUUGCAGCACAGCAACUGAAGUUCUCAUUUUCAUUAACUGAAGGCAGCAGUCAUCCAGUGGACACAGACAGUACCAAGUCUCUGGCAUUAUUAGAAAUCUCCUGCAGGAAAAUUGCAGAGCAGCUCACAUACAAGGAUGCUAACUUGUUUAAGAAAGUCAUCCCCCACCAUUGUCUGGGUGCUGUGUGGUCUCGGAGGGACAAGGAAGGCCAGAGUGAUGCUCCCAGUGUGCAGGCCACAAUCCAGCAGUUUAACAAUGUCUCUCUGAGAGUAGUUGCCACCGUGCUCAAGACAUUGGAGCUGCGGACUUCACAGAGGGCCAAGGUGCUCCAGAAAUGGAUUUUAAUAGCUCAGGAUCUCCGGGAAUUGAAAAACUUCUCAUCUCUGAAAGCAAUUAUUACUGGACUUCAGUCUCAUCCGGUUUACAGAUUGAGGAAAACCUGGUCAGCCUUACCAAAAGACACAAUGGUUUUAUUUGAGGAGCUGAGUGAAAUCUUCUCUGUGGAGAAUAAUCAGAUUAACUCCAGGGAGCUUCUGAUGAAAGAAGCCACAGCCAAAUUCCCUGACCUGGAGUCACAAAGCAGAAGCUUAAAGAGAAAAAAUCUUCAGAAAAGACGCUCCUGGAUUGACAAUGGUAUUGUACAGGGCACAGUUCCUUAUUUGGGCACAUUCCUGACAGACCUGACAAUGAUCGACACUGCCUUUCCCGACACAAUAGAAGACGGGCUCAUCAACUUUGAGAAGCGGAGAAAAGAGUUUGAGGUCCUGGCGCAACUCCGGUUGCUACAGUCUGCAGCAUCCAUCUAUACAAUGAAUGAAGAUGACUGCUUCUGGCGUUGGUUUAAUUCCAUUCGGGUUUACUCUGAUAUUGAAAGCCAUGAACUGUCAUGUUCUAUAGAACCUCCAUCAGAAAGUUCUGCUAAAAUCAAAAAGAAAUCUGCCAGUAUCAGUGGACCGCCGCUGAGAAGAAGAGUCUCUGCCGGCAAAUUAUACGCUUGUUUUGCAUGCAGGUCUAGAUUUUCAGAGCCCAAUAUUGCCUCCAACAAGGAGGGGAUUCAAACUCCUUAU